AUGAAGAGGUCUCCAAGUUGUUCUUCAACCAAUUCUUGCUUUGUAUCUUCAUCUUCUCCAUCACCAUCAUCGUGUUCUUCUUCUUCUUCAUCGGACACGCCUCCUAUCGUACCGGAGAAACCCAAGGCUAAAAGGAGUAGAAAGAACCAAAGCUGUGAUCAGAACAACAAUGCCAAUACCAACAAUGGCAGAAGGAGCUCCAUUUACAGAGGAGUCACCAGGCAUAGAUGGACUGGGAGAUUUGAGGCUCACCUGUGGGACAAGAGCUCUUGGAACAAUGUGCAGAACAAGAAGGGAAGACAAGUUUAUUUAGGGGCUUAUGAUAACGAGGAGGCAGCUGCUCGAACCUAUGAUCUAGCUGCCCUCAAGUAUUGGGGGCCCGAAACUACUCUGAAUUUUUCGAACGAAAGAUACGAAAAAGAAUUGGAAGAAAUGAAGAAUGUGACGAAGGAAGAGUACUUGGCUUCUCUACGACGUCGUAGCAGUGGAUUUUCCAGAGGAGUCUCCAAGUACCGCGGGGUAGCUAGGCAUCACCACAAUGGGAGGUGGGAGGCUCGAAUUGGUCGAGUUUUUGGGAACAAAUAUCUCUAUUUAGGAACCUAUAACACACAGGAGGAAGCAGCAGCCGCGUAUGAUAUGGCAGCAUUAGAGUAUAGGGGGAUCAAUGCUGUGACCAAUUUCGAUGCUAGCCGUUACAUAGACCGUUUGAAGCAGAAAGGUAUUGUGUUUGUUGAUCAAACGCAAAAUCGAAUUCCCGAUUCCGAUGAAGCUCGACGAGCCGAAUCCGUAGGAAACGUACAAUUUCAGCCUCCGGCGCCGCCGCAAGAACAAAAACCGAGGCACGAAGAAUCCGAAAAAUCUGAACAUUUUCAGUACAUGCAAAUGCAGCUUCCUCUAUGCAUCGACUGUCCGACCGAUAGCAAUGAGCUAGCAUGGAGUUUCUGCAUGGAUUCGGGGUUGACAUCGUUUUUGGUCCCGGACAUCCCUCUCGAUGGAAACAAUGAAUUGCCGAACUUGUUCGAUCAUGCUACGGGGUUCGAGGAUAACUUCGACCUGAUAUUCGACCUAGGUUCACCUAACAAAGAAGAGGCUGAUCGGAAAUGUGUAUCGGAUGAUGCAACCGAAGUCGGUGUCUCGAUGAACAUGGAAGACAAACAUGGGAAGGUGAGGUUGUCGUCUCCGUCUUCGGAUUCGUACUCUCCGUAUUCGUCGACGACCUCGGUUUCUUGUAACUACUCUGUUUAGUUGCUUGUAUUUGGAGUCUGUUGUUGGAAAUUAGUUGUGGAUUGAUGC